AUGUCAUGCGCGUUUGUGGGAGCUAAUGUCUUGGAAGAAUUGCCGGCUACCCCUGAGCAGAUGAAAGAUUUGGCGAGCUCUGUCUGUUUAGAUAUGUUUACGGAAUCGAGAACCGCUGCGAAAAAAUGCACAGAGACGUUUCAAAGUCGUCGUUACGAGGCGGAUGUCGCACCACCGGCGGUCCAAGUCUUGUGUCAGUCAGAGAACAAAGUGACCUUCUCCGUUCCUCUUUCGAAAGAUGGACAACUGGUCGUGGUGAUACCUGAUGAAGACGAUUUUAUGGACUACCUGUCCUUCAGAUUGAUGGAACCAGCGGAAGAAAUUGGUGCUGCUUAUACUCCAUCUUCGAGCUUCACAUUAUGGACUUCUCUCGUGAACGAAGAUGGAAGUCACAGUAGAUGGAGAAGGGGGCCCAGUCUACCUCCUUGGAGCACCACAUUGGCUAAUAGGGAAGAGAAAAAUUAUACAGUGAAACAUAAGUUUUUAUAUGAAAAAUAUAACGCGACCGAAUUUAUUGAGGUUGUCCUCUCAUGGAAUAAUAGUGAUGCAAGCGAUUCCUGUUUCGACGUCUACAACCGAUGCAAUAAUUUAGCACAAGGGGAUAUAUCUACUUGGAAAAUACGGCCUUUUCAAAACAGAAGUGUUAUAGCCCUUGUUCCACUAGACGACCAAUGUACACUCAAAGUGAGGGGAAAGUAUGGAACUACCGAUUUCAUAUAUGAUACUCCAUCUUGCUAUGAUCUGCCGGGAUGCAAACCACUGCCAGAAAUAGUGCAAAAUCUGAGACUAACGGCAGUUCCCAGCGACAAGGGCAACGGAUUUUGGAUAGUUCAGGCGAAAUGGAAUUCGACAGUACAACCCCCUUCGUACUAUACAGUGACACUUAGAGCGGACGCCAUUUACACAGUAAAUGUAUCGAGAUUACUGAAUGAAGCCACGUUCACUGACGUUCAAGGGGAAGGCCUUUUCAAUGUUACAGUUGUUGCUCUCAAUGAUUAUGGCAGAGCAGUGUCUACUAGGCGUGGUAUCUUCCCACAGAUCAAAGAUACAGCAUCUAUGAGCUCAUUGGUGGGAGCCUGGGCAGGGAUCCUCAUAAUGUCAACUGCCUUCGUCAUUGUCUUUAUCUGGUGGAAAAGACAAAGGGACAUCAAGAAGAGGAAUAUGUAUUUCCCGGGUAUUCGCCAAAAAAUUGCAAAAGAUGGUGAAAUAGAAGUCAGUAGCGUUGAUUCCGGCUCGGAGGACCAAUGGGAGGUUAAGCCAGAACGGCUGUUGCUGCAUGAAGUCAUUGGCGAAGGAGCUUUUGGAGUUGUGAGGAGAGGUACUUUGUCACCGGAGAAUAAGGAUGUAGCUGUCAAGAUGCUUAAAGAUUUCCCUUCGGUAGAAGAGAUCCGGUCAUUUAGAGCUGAAAUGGAGCUGAUGAAGAGUGUCGGCUGCCAUCCCCAUGUGGUCAGCCUGGUUGGCUGCUGCAGAGGACGCAAACCAUUCAUAAUAGCUGAAUACUGUAGUAGAGGGGAUCUGCUUACCUACCUGAGGUGUUCCUGGGAUUUAAUGAUAACGCGACGUAACGCUAAAUACUACAACAAUAAUGACGACUAUCGCAAGCUGAAAGGUAAACGUGAUACGAGCCUCGUAAUCAAUAGAUUAUACGACCUCCAAGCUAUCUGCGACACGGAAUUGACAUUUUUGGACUUGCUGUCCUUCUGCAGACAAAUUGCGAUGGGAAUGGAGUUCUUGGCUUCCAAUAGAGUGGUACACAGAGACCUAGCAGCAAGGAAUAUUCUGGUAACGAUUGAUAGGACGCUGAAAAUAGCAGAUUUUGGACUAUCCAGAGAUAUUUAUCAGGAGAACCAGUACAAGCAGAAGGGGAAUGGAAAGAUGCCGGUCAAGUGGAUGGCGUUGGAAUCAUUGACGCAUAGGAUUUAUACGACUCAGAGUGACGUGUGGUCGUUCGGUGUAGUGAUGUGGGAGAUAGUGACCAUGGGGGGUGCUCCGUACCCAGCGGUGGGGGCCUCGAGAUUACCGCGUUUACUUCGCGCUGGGUACCGCAUGCCACGGCCUUCUAAUUGUUCAGGACAACUGUAUGAGUUAAUGCUCUCCUGCUGGCACGAACGACCUCGAUCGCGGCCGACUUUUGGCGAGCUGCAUCAUGCACUGGACGCGCUGUUGUGCGCAAGCGCACACCACUACCUCGAUCUCCAACUGCCGCUUGCGCCGGAGCAGAUGGAUCAAAGAUAUGUUCGUAUGAUUAUAAGAGGGAAAUGGCCGUGGUCGAAUCGGGGCUAUCAGCGUUCCUACACAACAAACUACACGCCUCGUACUGAGUAUAAGCUUGCUAAUUCAUAA